GAGAACGAGAGAGGGGGGAGUCAGUUAGUGCGAGAGAACGAGAGAGGGGGGAGUCAGUUAGUGCGAGAGAACGAGAGAGGGGGAGUCAGUUAGUGCGAGAGAAAGACUUUGUUAGGAGAGACCGCUCAUUCGGAAUUGGCAAGAGAAGUGCGAAGAUGUCUGGGCAAAGCAUUACGGACAGGAUAACCGCAGCUCAACACAGUGUUACCGGAUCUGCGGUGGCAAAAACUGUGUGCAAGGCGACUACGCAUGAAAUUAUGGGUCCGAAAAAGAAACAUUUAGAUUACUUGAUCCACUGCACCAAUGAGAUGAACGUGAACAUCCCCCAGCUGGCAGACACAUUGUUUGAGAGGACGGCCAGCACCAGCUGGGUGGUGGUCUUCAAGUCUCUCACCGCCACCCACCACACCAUGGUCUACGGCAAUGAGAGAUUUAUACAGUACAUGGCUUCAAGGAAUACGCUUUUCAACCUCAGUAACUUUUUGGACAAAAGUGGCCUGCAAGGCUAUGACAUGUCAACGUUCAUAAGGAGAUAUAGUCGCUACCUGAAUGAGAAGGCUGUGUCGUAUCGACAAGUCGCUUUUGACUUUACAAAAGUUAAACGAGGGGCGGAUGGCGUUAUGAGAACCAUGAACACAGAAAAGUUACUAAAGACCAUACCGAUUAUCCAAAACCAGAUGGAUGCGCUACUUGACUUCAACGUCAACGCCAACGAACUUACCAAUGGAGUGAUCAACGCGUCCUUCAUGCUUCUGUUUAAAGAUUCCAUUCGACUGUUUGCGGCCUACAAUGAAGGCAUUAUCAAUCUGCUGGAGAAGUACUUUGACAUGAAGAAAACUCAAUGCAAGGAGGGCCUUGACAUCUACAAGAAAUUCCUUACUCGAAUGACAAGAAUCUCUGAAUUCCUCAAAGUAGCAGAGCAAGUAGGGAUUGAUCGAGGGGACAUUCCAGACCUCUCCCAGGCCCCCAGUAGCCUCUUAGAUGCCUUGGAGCAGCAUUUGGCUUCUUUAGAAGGGAAGAAGGUGAAAGAUUCCACAGCAGCCAGCAGGGCUAGCACACUCUCCAAUGCUGUCUCCUCUUUGGCCAACACGGGCAUAUCUUUCACCAAAGUGGACGAGAGGGAGAAACAGGCAGCUCUAGAGGAAGAGCAGGCUCGCCUAAAAGCGCUAAAGGAGCAGCGUCUGAAGGACCUCCAGAAGGGGCCUUCUUUCUCUGCCACCACAGCUGCCUCCCCUGUGUCAAUGGACGGUGGGACCAUCAACACAGCACCGGCUAUUGACCUCUUCUCCACACCCAGCUUCGCAAACAGCACUUCCAAGGCGGCGAGCGACCUGCUGGACUUGCAGCCUGUGUUUCAGCAGCAGGCACUGCCCAUCUCCACUGGCCUGCCGACAGCCAACACAUGGGGAGAUCCUUUCACUUCUACAGAAGCUGUAGAUGACUCCAUUCCAAACUUUAACCCUUUCCUAUCACAUCCUGUUGUUGAUGCUGUCCAUCUACCUGUCGACUCUUCCGAUGGUGUUAGUUCUAGGACACCCAGUCAUGAAAUGUUUGGUGAUCAUUACAAUCCCUUUAUUGAUUCGAGCACCUCCAUUACAUCUGAUCAUGAGCACACAGUGCGGAUAGAGCAGUUUAUCUCAGACUCCUUCUGUGGGCCAGCAUCUUACCCUACCACCCCUCUCUUUCAAUCUGAGCCCCCUGCUGUAGCUGGUCUAUUUGGAGGGUUCUCAGCUUCUCCCACCCCGCAGCCUCAGACCGCCAGAGGCCUUAAUGUCGACUUUGACUCUGUGUUUGGCAACAACGUGGACUCGGCUGGUGGCAUCCUCAAACCCACAGUGGCCUCCUUGCCCGGCCAGGGGCAAAUCCCCAGCGGGCAGCAGCCUGGGAAGCUGGUGUCCGACGACCUGGACUCGUCCUUGGCUAACCUUGUCGGCAAUUUGGGAAUUGGCAAUGGCGUGGCAAAAAAUGAUAUUCAUUGGAGUCAGCCUGGUGAGAAGAAGUUGACAGGUGGAAACAAUUGGCAACCAAAGACUGCUCCCUCUACCACAUGGAACCCUGCCACCAUGAAUGGAAUGCAUUUCCCACAAUACGCACCAUCUGUCAUGGCCUUCCCUGCAACAACGCCGACGGGAAUGAUGGCAUAUGGAAUGCCUCCUCAGAUGGGUUCCAUGGGCAUGAUGACCCAGCCCACUAUAAUGUACAGCCAACCAGUCAUGAGGCCAGCCAACCCCUUUGGCACGGCCCCAGGAGCACAGGAACAGAUGAGGGGAAGCUGAACCUUGAUCUGUACCUUGGGGAUACUUCACCCCCCCCCAGAGCAUUUACAAACUCUCCCUGCCCUCGGAGGAGCCUGGUUAGAUUGUUCACGUCCUCAAACUAGUAUCUUUCAGAAUGGAGUCGAUUACAUUGCAAUUUGACAAGUUUACUUGCCGACUUGAAAUGGAUUUGAGCCCAACCAUGCUCCCUACUGCCUUGCAAUAGAAGGACGUCUGACUGUAGCCUACUUAAACACCCUCUGAGGUGGUAUGCCUGCUAUCUGUAUGAAAAAUAUAUCUGCAGGAUGCAUUGUCCAGCCCCACAACUCAUUCUCCAUAAAAGUGGUAUUGGAAUAUACACAUGGUUAUUUAAUAUCACUGGUAAAUGGUUUAAAGUGGCAAGUGACUUAAGGAAUUAUAUUCUGGAGGUCAAUAGGAAUUCUGUGCUUUGGGACUUCUAUUCAGAACGAGCUUUCAUUCACCCUCGUACCAUUUCAGCUAUUCUGAAUGAUGCCUGGCAUGUCAACAUAGUAUUUAGAAUAGGAUAUAACACCCUCAUCCUCCUUUCAUCUCUUCAGUAGGCUCUAAAUCAGAACAAUAGCUACCUUAGGAGAGUAUCUUGUGAAGCAUGUGUUUUUUUUCUGACACGUUUUAUCGGUUCUCUUGUCAAGAGCUGUAAGGUUUUACCUCCACAUUGACCGUGUUAGGGCGCUACACUCUGGACCUGAGCCUGUUCUCUCCAUUCUGAUCCCUUUAUCUGUAGCUAGGUUCUCCCCUCUUGUUUGUAAUUUCCCUCUAGUCGUUCCUCGAUUCCCCUCACCCUGUCAUUCUCUCUCU